UCAGAUGUCAUUGAAGAACUUUGGAAUUUGGUACCCAGUGAUCCACCCUACAAAAUUCAUGUCAUUUGCAUCAUAGGCUUUCUCAUCACUAAAGAUGCAAAUCCCCACGAUAAUGUCCCUCUCAGUCGGCCCCCUGUUUGUACAGACAGCUCAGAUUCCCAUAACUGCCUGAGAUGCGGGAAUGAGUCAUCCUCUGCCCAAGCAGGUGGCAGUGGGCACACCUGAAGCAACAAAGUCCAGGAACAAUCAGCACAACUUAUGACUCCAGAGGAGGAAGUCCAGAGACAGAGCACCAUGACUUCUGAGAAAGGUCCUUCAACCGGUGACCCCACUCUGAGGAGAAGAAUCGAACCCUGGGAGUUUGACGUCUUCUAUGACCCCAGAGAACUUCGUAAAGAGGCCUGUCUGCUCUACGAAAUCAAGUGGGGCAUGAGCCGGAAGAUCUGGCGAAGCUCAGGCAAAAACACCACCAAUCACGUGGAAGUUAAUUUUAUAAAAAAAUUUACGUCAGAAAGACAUUUUCACCCAUCCAUCAGCUGCUCCAUCACCUGGUUCUUGUCCUGGAGUCCCUGCUGGGAAUGCUCCCAGGCUAUUAGAGAGUUUCUGAGUCAGCACCCUGGUGUGACUCUAGUGAUCUACGUAGCUCGGCUUUUUUGGCACAUGGAUCAACAAAACCGGCAAGGUCUCAGGGACCUUGUUAACAGUGGAGUAACUAUUCAGAUUAUGAGAGCAUCAGAGUAUUAUCACUGCUGGAGGAAUUUUGUCAACUACCCACCUGGGGAUGAAGCUCACUGGCCACAAUACCCACCUCUGUGGAUGAUGUUGUACGCACUGGAGCUGCACUGCAUAAUUCUAAGUCUUCCACCCUGUUUAAAGAUUUCAAGAAGAUGGCAAAAUCAUCUUACAUUUUUCAGUCUUCAUCUUCAAAACUGCCAUUACCAAACGAUUCCGCCACACAUCCUUUUAGCUACAGGGCUGAUACAUCCUUCUGUGGCUUGGAGAUGAAUAGAAUGAUUCCGUGUGUGUACUGAUUCAAGAACAAGCAAUGAUGACCCACUAAAGAGUGAAUGCCAUUUAGAAUCUAGAAAUGUUCACAAGGUACCCCAAAACUCUGUAGCUUAAACCAACAAUAAAUAUGUAUUACCUCUCGCAGUUUCUGUGGGUAAGGAAUUUAGAA